ACAGCCAACAACGAACGACUCCACCGACCGGCCGGCCGGCCUCCCAUCCCAUGGCGGGCUACCGCGGCGCCUCCUCCGCCUCCUCCGCCGCCGGGGGCGGCGCGGGGGCCGCGGCCUUCGCCACGCGGAUGCUUCUCCUCCUCACGCUGCUGCCGCUCGCGCUCGCCGCCUUCGCCUUCGUGCUCCAGUGGCGCGGCGGCAUGCGGGACCCGGCCGGCGCCGCCUGGCCUGCCGACACCCAGAGCUUCCCCGGCAUGGAGAACAGCCCACUCGGAUCCUCCUCCUCCUCCCCCGUGGUCCGAGCCUCCUACUUCGCCGUCUCCAAGUCGUCCUCCGCGGCAGCCGACUGCGCCGAGAUCCUCGGCCGGAGCGCAUCCUCCCACGGAAUCUCGCUUUAUCGCGGCUGGAACUUCGAUUCCGAAUCUUCCAUCACCCCCAAGAUCUGUAUCACGGGAAGCACAUCUGCUGGCCUACACCAGAUUCUUCCAUGGUUGUAUUAUCACAAGGUCAUCGGUGUUUCACAUUUUAUUCUCUUUGUUGAAGGAGAGGCUGCAAAACCAGCCGUCACCUCUGUUCUUGAAGCUAUUCGGGGUGUAAAAAUUAUUUACAGGACUAAAGAACUGAAAGAGAAACAGGACAAAAGCCGCAUUUGGAACGAGACUUGGCUGGCAGGUUUCUUUUACAAGCCAUGCAAUUAUGAACUAUUUGUUAAGCAAUCACUUAACAUGGAAAUGGCUAUUAUUAUGGCAAGGGAUGCUGGGAUGGAUUGGAUCAUUCACCUUGAUACUGAUGAGUUGAUUCAUCCAGCUGGUGCGAGAGAGUACUCUCUUAGGCGAUUGCUUUUAGAUGUUCCUGACAAUGUUGACAUGGUUAUCUUCCCCAAUUACGAGAGCAGCAUUGAACGGGAUGACAUCAAGGAUCCAUUUACUGAGGUUUCAAUGUUUAAGAAAAAUUACGAUCAUCUCCCAAAGGAUACAUACUUUGGCCUAUACAAAGAAGCAACACGUGGUAAUCCAAACUACUUCCUCACUUAUGGUAAUGGAAAAUCAGCUGCAAGGGUUCAGGAGCAUUUGCGUCCCAAUGGUGCUCAUAGAUGGCAUAAUUACAUGAAAACCCCAAACGAGAUCAAAUUGGAGGAGGCUGCUAUCCUGCAUUACACCUACACAAAGUUCUCGGACCUAACCUCAAGGAGGGAUAGGUGUGGCUGCAAGCCAACUAAAGAAGAUGUGAAGCGAUGUUUUAUCUUGGAAUUUGACCGUUUGGCCUUCAUAAUUGCAUCGACAGCUACUGAGGAGGAGAUGAGGAACUGGUAUAAGGAACAUGUUGUAUGGACCGAUAAGGACACCAAUUUGAAACUUUUGAAAAAGGGUGUGUUAACACGUAUAUAUGCGCCGAUGGCUAUCAUCCGUGGUCUCAAGGAAUCUGGUGUCUUUACAUCUGCUGUAACAUCAGCGAAAGCACAGUCAGAAACAAAAUCAUCAAACAUGGGUCUCGGAGAGGAGUCCAUCGUACCAAACGUAACAGCUGGGCAUGAAAAAUUGCAAGCUACUGUAAGAAAGAUCCUAGAGAUGGUUGAUGCCCAGGAAGAAGCGAUGGCGCCAAUGUCACCCCCCGGUUUUGUUGAGCUGACUGAAAGUGCUUUGUCAUGAGUCCAUGUGAGAAUUCUGGAGUUGUUCUGGAUGGAUGAUGCUCGUGGGCUCUUGGCGGAUGAAAUUUUAACCAUGCAUGAAGAGUUGAACAUAUAGAUAGGGCUUGUUUGGUGGCUGUAUCUUGCGACUCCCCAUGUCUUGUGCUGAUGUAAAAUUGCUUUUAUUAAGUAGGCUGGUAAGCAAGUGCAAGACAUGAGAAUAGCAUACUGUAAUAUAUAUACAGAAACCAGGCGAAUCUUCGUCCGGGAUUUCUAGCUUAUGUCGUACGAUUAAUGGCUGCAGGCUAAUGAAAUAGCUGAAUUUGUCACUA